CACUAUGUAGAAUGAUCAAUAAUUCUAAAUUACUUUGGAAUUAGCAUCAUACCUGCGUUGGAGGAGUGGACGGAGAGAAGGACGGAGAAGAAGGACUUCGUCGCAGGCUGCGAGUUGAAGCGGGAGAAGGAAGACCUGCGCUGGAGGAGUGGACGGAGAAGAAGGACAGAGAUGAAGGACUUGGGAGAAGGGAGACUAUCGCAGAUGCCGGAGAAGAAGGACGGAGAGUUAGACUGGGCUUUGAUCACAGCUCUAGUGGAGAGAUGGAGGCCGGAGACCCAUUCAUUCCAUCUUCCCUUCGGAGAGGUUGGAAUUACUUUACAGGAUGUAGAGGUUUUACUGGGAUUGCCCGUAGAUGGCAAUCCAUUGGCGGGGAUGACUGGCCGAUCCAGAGACCAGUGGAUUCAGAUUUGUGAGGACAUGAUGGGAUUUCGGCCUCAAACUUCUGAUAUUACUUCUACUAUGAUUAAGAUGUCUGCCAUUGUUCCUAAGCAACUAACAGAUCAUAGUUUAGAUGUAGAUUACUUGCAGCAUGCCAGAGCCAUUAUGUUUAAGUUGUUGGGUGGUAGCCUAUUUCCCAACACGACGGGAAAUAAGGUUAGUUUGUAUCUUUUAGAGAUAAUCAUGGGUGACGCAAACACUGUGCGAGGUCGUGCGAUUGGUUCGGCAGUACUCAGUUACUUGUAUCGCAGUAUGUGUCGUGCUAGUGCGACGAGUGCAGCACAGAUUGGAGGUUGUCUAGUCUUGUUACAGAUUUGGGCUUGGGAGCGUCUGCCUAUGACUAGACCUAGAGGGGUUAUACCAUUUGAUCAGCUAGUAGAUGUCCCAUAUGGAGUCAGAUGGGUGUGUUACCAUCGAUGGUCAGAUUGUACCACGCACUCCAUACGAGCAUACCGGGACCAGCUUGACAGAUUGCUCGAGGGAGAGUUUGUAUGGUUGCCGUAUCCGAAUGUCAAUACCCUACCACCCUAUUGUUCUGCUGGAAUCGGAAUAUGGACUUCUAGAAUCCCCUUGAUCUAUACCUACGUUGUGGAGAUGUACUAUCCCGAUCGCUUUUGCAGGCAGUUUGGUGCCCUGCAACACAUCCCUGAAGUUGUUGUUUAUGACCGUCAACUACACCAAAUUAAGUCAAGUGUUAUGCAAAUUGGCGAUGGUGAGAGACAUUAUUUAGACAUGUGGGAGGGACGUUAUGAUGCUACAGUCCAGAUGCAGUUUGGGAUGGUGGAUGCCACACCGGAGUAUCAUCAGUGGUACUACCUUCGGGGUCGACGACAGAUAGGGAACCCUGCCCAUCAGCACCGACCAGGGUACAUCCCCAUUUCUCUGGAGCUACAGACUGCAUUAUACUGUAUGGCGGAUUGCAGUCAACGCCUUGAUCCUGGUAGGCAUCCAGAUGGGUUUGUACCUUCACACGAGGUAUUGAGAGUUCAUGAGUUGUUAACAGAGUGUGUUCGUGCUCUUGGGCAUGCAUCUAUCCUUGAUCACCCACAGGAUCAGCAUCCUUACAACCGAGGACAUAUCAGGAGACGGGUAGAUAGAAGGCGUGAUGCACCUGCUGUCGGAGUCAGACGUGGAGGGCGGGGUAGUCGGAGGUUGCACGUCGAUGAUGAAGACGAACACAUCCCCAUUGAAUCUCCCCCUAUGACCCAGGAUGAUGAUGAAGAAGAUGUUGGUGACGAAGAACAUAUUCAGAGCGACACACAUACACCUUCUUGCAUGGUUGAGCCGUCGAGUUCACGUCCUCCUGAAUUCCACAUAGAGCAUCCUCAGAGGCGCAUGCACGAUGUAUCACCAGUGACGUUUGAUGGAGAUGUGUUUAGGGGUGAUUACUUUACUCAUGAAAGUCACCUCACAAAUGAGUUUGGACAUUUUGUCUCCACUAUUACACCGCCGGUAAUCCAGCAGACAGUUGAUGACGUAGAAGUGGAGGGUGAAGGAGAGGAGGGUCUUCGUCCACGACGUAAUCGACGUCGUCCACGUUGUGGUACUGGUAGCCACUAUCUUUAGUAUUUUUUGUUACAUUUAAUAUAUUGUGCUGG